CUCGGCAAAAUAGCUAAGUCCAUUUUGCAGUUCCUCAAAAAGAAAAAGUCCCAUCAUAGUUCCACAUCCGGCGAGGGCAAGCUACAGGCGCAGUCCAGUUGCGAGGAGGAGGGCGGAGCGGCAGCGGGAGGAGCGGGAGCGGCAGCGGGACCUCCAGCGGACCAGGCUAGCAGCAGCAGCAGCGGCCCUUCGUCAGCAGCCGCCGCCCACAAGAGCACGCCCCCUGCCGCCACGACCACGCCCGGUUCAGGGGCGGAUUCAGGAGGAGCCAGCGGAGGAACAGGAGGAGGGGGAGGAGGACCUAGCACGUCCGGCGACGAUCAGGCCCAAGUGUCGGCCAGCGCAACGUUCCGUUUAUCAUCGCUAACGGGCACCAUCUCCAAGAUGGGCAAUAACGCCACCACGUCAAACAAGAAGGUCGAUGCCGCCGAGACGGUGAAGGAGUUCCUCGAGCAGGCCAAGGAGGAGUUCGAGGACAAGUGGCGACGCAAUCCGACCAACACCGCCGCCCUCGAUGACUUCGAACGAAUCAAGACCCUGGGCACCGGCUCCUUUGGCCGUGUCAUGAUCGUCCAGCACAAGCCCACGAAAGACUAUUACGCCAUGAAGAUCCUCGACAAGCAGAAGGUGGUCAAGCUGAAGCAGGUGGAGCACACGCUGAACGAGAAGCGAAUCCUGCAGGCCAUUCAGUUCCCCUUCCUCGUCUCGCUGCGCUACCACUUCAAGGACAACUCCAACCUCUACAUGGUGCUGGAGUAUGUUCCCGGUGGCGAGAUGUUCUCCCACCUGCGCAAGGUGGGCCGCUUCUCGGAGCCGCACUCGCGCUUCUACGCGGCGCAAAUCGUGCUGGCCUUCGAGUACCUGCACUACUUGGACCUCAUCUACCGCGAUCUGAAGCCGGAGAAUCUGCUGAUUGACUCGCAGGGCUACCUCAAGGUGACGGACUUCGGUUUUGCCAAGCGGGUCAAGGGCCGCACCUGGACGCUGUGCGGCACGCCCGAAUACCUGGCCCCGGAGAUCAUUCUGUCCAAGGGCUAUAACAAGGCCGUCGACUGGUGGGCGUUGGGCGUACUCGUCUACGAAAUGGCCGCUGGCUAUCCGCCGUUCUUUGCGGAUCAGCCGAUCCAGAUCUACGAGAAGAUCGUCUCCGGCAAGGUGCGCUUCCCAUCGCACUUUGGCUCCGAUCUGAAGGACCUACUGCGCAACCUGCUGCAGGUGGAUCUGACCAAGCGCUACGGCAAUCUGAAGGCGGGCGUCAAUGAUAUUAAGAACCAGAAGUGGUUCGCCUCCACCGACUGGAUUGCGAUCUUCCAAAAGAAAAUCGAGGCGCCGUUCAUUCCGCGGUGUAAGGGUCCCGGCGACACGAGCAAUUUCGAUGACUACGAGGAGGAGGCGCUGCGGAUCUCCAGCACCGAGAAGUGUGCCAAGGAGUUUGCUGAAUUCUAGAGGAGCUCUUCGCCAGUCAGCCCAAUCCCCUCGUUCUGCAGGCGUCUGCAACUGCAAUUGUAUCCGCUACUGCGAUUGUAUCUGCAACUGCUCCUGCUGUUGCCACCGCCGUGGCAUCGCGGACCACGUCCUCAUCGUCGUUGUCGUCGUCUUGUCUAUAUGUCUACUACUUACAACUACAGCAACUGUAACAACCCCCCCACAAAACACCAAAACUACGCCCCCCAGCCACGUCUUCGUCUGCCUAUCUAUCCGCAUCUACUCCACAUCCACACUAUUGCCAACAUUGGAUUUCUCACCACACACAACAAUUUACAUCAGCCAUUUCCCUCCGUGUUCAUGUGGAACAGUUCGAAGACACAGCCGGAACAAGCUUUUCAUCUAAUGUGUGAAGAAGAGUGGAAGGACUUGGAAGACGAUUUGAAAUCCGGAUACCGCAACAGAAUAUAGAAACCGAUAAAAUAAUGACUUACACAUUAAUAUUCAUUCAUAACAUAUAGCGUAUUUAACCACGAGACUACAGAUAUUUAGUUGUAAACGUAGCUUAGUCUUAACUAAAGAAUACAAGAGGAACCGAUAAAGAACCAGCAACAGAAGCAAGUGCAAAGCGAAAGUGAAUGGAAGACACUGAAAACAUUAGAGGAAAAUCAUAAGAGGAAAUCCAGGAGAAUUGUCAUCUAAACCAGGGCUAAAGAAUUUCAUUUCAUUUCGAUCGAUCGUACGAUUCAGGUCGGUCACUCAGUCAGCUGCAGAAACAUCAAGUUGAGAGUAUAAAACGCUUUAAUAAUUUUUAAAUUAAAUACAAAAAGGUUAAAUGUAACACAAAAAUUAUGGCGCACUCAGUGUGCUUGACAAAAAAAAACCAAGCGGCAUCAGCAAACAAACAAAGAAGGCAGGCAAAUAUUGCUAUAAAUUAACGUUGUAAUUGAGAUUGAGUACGGGAGAAGAGCAGAAACGAGUUGAGGCCCUCAGAAAAAAGAAAAAAAAAACAAGCAAAAGUCGCCGCCAAAUGAGGACACUGGUCAUCCAGGUGAGCAGUGUGUGAAAUCAGUCCACUGUAAGCUCUUCUGCCCCCCGCCUUCCCGCUAAGCGAGCUUCACAACAAGUAGCCCCGACAAUUUGGCGUCUUUACCGUAGACAUGUCUCUAGAUAUUUAUAUAUAUUCGCGUAUAUAAAUGUUGUACAAUCAGCGACGACGUGCAACAAUAAACCAACCCAACCGCCCGCCCCGGAUCAAAAAACAAGAAAAGAAACAGAACCACAACUAAAAGCUGAAUCAGAGCAUUAUGCCCAUAACCCAUUUCAACAGUGGCACCCAAAAGUAUGCGCACUCACUCAUAAAUAGUUGUCCAUCCACUCACUACUCGCAAGGUACCCACACCAACUACUCAAAACUCAAAAGUAUAAAACACUAAAGCAAGUAAAGGUAAAAGUAAAAGUAACGAGAAACAUUUGAAACGCAGCAAGAAA